CUUCUCCUCCUCCUCUUUUUCUUUCUCUUUCUAUCUCUUCUUCCUAUAUCUUUGGGUUUACUCAAUCAUCAAGCUGAGCCUCUAUUACUGCUUCUGCUUUUUCGUUUCUUUUAUAAUUUUUGAAAAAUUUUCUGUAUGAGAAAUGGGGUCAACUUCAAUCUGAAGGAGGCUUUAGCUCUUUGAUUUUACAUUUUUUGUUGCAUUGAUAAUAUCUGAGAGCGAUUUGUUGCCGUUGAGUGAAAGAGAGAGAAGGUAUAAGGUUUCCGAUCCAAGAUUCUCAGAGAGAGUCGGAUCGGUCGAGAUUUGAGUUGGGUUUUCUUCAGAGAAGGAUAUGAACGGUAUGGGUAGACAAGGGCAGAGAUCUGGUACUACUGGGGUGCACCACCAGCGUCAAUACUCAGACAACUUCUUGGAGUCUUCUUCUAAUGGGAGAUGGCUUCAGUCAGCUGGUCUACAACAUCUCCAGUCUUCGAGUGCUAAUCCUCCACUUCAGGAUUUUGGUUUCUAUGGUAGUGUUGGUGGAGCACAAGGGUCUAGAAUGUAUCGGAAUGCCCAGAGGGGCUUCAAUGACUUUUACAUGGAGCCAUCUACCCCUCCGAGGAGGAAGAACGGUGAUGACUCGCCCAAUGAGUUUAGUCCUGGACUAUUGGAUCUGCAUUCUUUUGACACCGAGCUUCUUCCUGAGAUGCCAGUCUCUGGUUUGUAUGAUGGUAAUUCUCUGUAUCAUCCUGUUCGAGGCCGAAGUUUUGAUGACUCUGAACCAUACCUUACCAAGCAAACAGGCAGAGCUCGUGGUUUGCCAGAAAACAACCUCCUGAAAAGUCUUGCUGUAGACAAGGAGAAAGCCAGUGCUGUAGCAAAGAUCAAAGUUGUGGUUCGGAAGAGACCACUUAACAAAAAGGAGCUGGCUAAGAAUGAGGAAGAUAUCAUAGAUACAUAUUCUAAUUCUCUAACAGUUCAUGAGACUAAGCUCAAGGUUGACCUUACAGAAUAUGUAGAAAAGCAUGAAUUUGUUUUUGAUGCAGUGCUGAAUGAGGAGGUAUCAAAUGACGAGGUAUACCGUGAGACUGUGGAGCCUAUUGUUCCAAUAAUUUUUCAACGCACAAAGGCAACUUGUUUUGCUUAUGGACAAACAGGUAGUGGAAAGACUUACACGAUGAAACCAUUGCCUCUUAAGGCAUCACGAGAUAUCUUGAGGUUGAUGCAUCACACAUACCGCAACCAUGGAUUUCAAUUGUUUGUGAGCUUUUUUGAAAUAUACGGGGGAAAGCUUUUUGAUCUCCUCAAUGAACGAAAAAAACUUUGUAUGAGAGAGGAUGGAAAGCAGCAAGUUUGCAUUGUGGGCUUGCAAGAAUACAGGGUGUCUGAUGUAGAGACAAUAAAGGAGCUCAUUGAGAGAGGAAGUGCCACCAGAAGUACUGGUACAACUGGUGCAAAUGAAGAAUCCUCUCGUUCACAUGCCAUACUUCAGCUUGCUAUAAAGAGAUCAGCUGAUGGCAGUGAAUCAAAGCCUCCCCGUCUUGUUGGCAAGCUCUCAUUCAUUGACCUUGCUGGAAGUGAACGUGGUGCUGACACUACAGAUAAUGAUAAACAGACAAGAAUGGAAGGUGCUGAAAUCAAUAAGAGUUUGCUUGCAUUGAAAGAAUGCAUAAGAGCUCUUGACAAUGACCAGGGUCACAUUCCAUUCAGAGGCAGUAAAUUAACUGAAGUUCUUAGGGAUUCUUUCAUGGGUAAUUCACGCACUGUGAUGGUGUCGUGCAUAUCACCAAGUUCAGGAUCAUGCGAACAUACUCUCAAUACACUCAGAUAUGCAGAUAGAGUGAAGAGCCUCUCAAAGGGGAGCAACCCAAAGAAGGAUGUGUUACCUCCAACCUUGAACCUUAAGGAGUCAACAACAGUGCCCCUAUCUUCUGCUUUACAAACUUCCUCUACAUUUGAGGAUGAACAAGCUGACAGUGAUGAUUUUGAUGCUCCAGAAGAAACUUAUGAGCCGCCAAAAUCAUUAUGGAAAAAGAACGGGAAGCCAGAAUCGUAUGGGUUUUCAAAUGCAGAAGAAAAAUUACGGAGACCCAAUGGUCAGCCAAAAUGGAAAGAAAUGCCAAAGGUUGAUUCCAAAAGCUCACAUUCAGACGAUGAUUUGAAUGUCCUCUUACAGGAAGAGGAAGACCUUGUUAAUGCUCACAGGAAGCAAGUGGAGGAUACAAUGAAUAUUGUUAAAGAGGAGAUGAAUCUAUUGGUUGAAGCAGAUCAACCAGGGAAUCAGCUGGAUGAUUAUGUUUCCAAAUUGAAUGCCAUUCUAUCUCAGAAGGCUGCAGGGAUUAUGCAAUUACAAACCCGUUUGGCGCAAUUUCAGAAGCGUCUUAAAGAACACAAUGUUCUUGUAUCUUCUUCUGGUUACUGAUUUGAUGUGGAAUUUAGUAUUAUUUUCUCUGAUCUAUUGGUGCUGCUUAGGAAUAAUAUAUCAAAAUUAGGCAUGAGGAUAGAUUCAGCACUUCAUAGUAUUAUAAUUGGUCGGUACUUCUGCGUAUUGUUGAGAAUCUCUACUAGCUGCUAGCUCGGAGGGGAUUGGAUUUUUUCCAUGGCGCACAAUACAAUACUGCUGUGGUAAUGAAGAUUGGUUAUCAUUUUAAAUAGCCAUAUUUCAUGGGAUUACCAUGCCAGAAGGCUGCUUUUGUAUAGCUCUGCAUCGUUGUAUUGAUUAUUGAAUAGGCGGUUGGACUGGAAGUGUUUCAUUUCAUGUGAAUUUGGUCGAAUGAUUGGAAAUCAUGCAUUUCGUUUCUUCAUUUUCUUCUGUAUCAGGAAGAUAUAUACACAAUGGUUUCAUGUUUCUUAUAAUUCUUUAUUUCCUCUCCUUUUUAUUA